UGAGAAAAGGAAAAAGCGGAAAAAACCACCGGGAAACGAGUCGAGUUGCUGAGAUAGUGAGUUGAGUUGAGUCAGAAAUCUGAGAGAAUCGAUCCAAACUCAAAAACUAUUAUGGGAAACUCAUCCAAAGACGACUCUGCCACCGACGGCGACACCUCCAGCGGCGACGCUCCUCCCUCCAAAACCAGUCUCUACUCCGAGGGUGAGAAGGUCCUCGCUUACCAUGGCCCUCGCAUCUACGAAGCCAAGGUUCAAAAGGCCGAGCUGAGGAAGAAAGAAUGGAAAUUUUUCGUUCACUAUCUUGGUUGGAAUAAAAAUUGGGACGAAUGGGUAGGGGCUGAUCGAUUGAUGAAACAUUCUGAAGAGAAUGUGUUAAAGCAGCAGGCGCUGGACAAAAAGCAGGGUGUGGACAAGAAUGUAAAAUCAGGACGUUCUGCACAUGCAAGACCUAAAGGUUCUGCUGAUGCAAAGGUUGAGAAAGAGGACAUUAAGACCAGUGUGUCAAAAGGGAAGAAACGGAAGAAUGAAUCAGGCGCCGAGAAGGACGGUGUUUCUUUGGAGAAGGCUGUCAAGAUUCAAAUCCCAUCAACGCUAAAAAAGCAACUUGUUGAUGAUUGGGAAUUUGUUAAUCAGCAGGAAAAGCUUGUCAAACUUCCUCGUUCGCCAACUGUUGAUGACAUAUUAACAAAAUACCUUGAUUAUCGUUCAAAAAAGGAAAACACGACUUCUGAUUCAGUAGCAGAAAUCUUGAGAGGAAUAAGAUGUUACUUUGACAAAGCACUGCCAGUUAUGCUCUUGUACAGGAAAGAGCGCAAGCAAUUUCAUGAUGUUGUCCAAGAUGAUAUCUCUCCAUCAAACAUAUAUGGCGCUGAACAUUUACUAAGACUCUUUGUUAAGUUGCCAGAGUUAUUGGCGUAUGUAAACAUCGAGGAGGAAACACUGACCCGCUUGCAACAGAAACUGCUUGAUUUUCUUAAGUUUUUGCAGAAAAAUCAGAGUACAUUCUUCCUUUCAACCUACGAUAGCACGAAAGGUGUUGAAGGAAAGGGCAAGGGGAAAGAUGACUGAACAUCUACCCCUAAAACUAAUCUGCCAUCAUCAGAUAUCGAAGUCUGGUGGCAAGUUCGAUGACCAUCUUAAUCCUUUUUGUUUUUGACUUAUGAACUCAAAAUCCAGGUAGAUAUAUCUUCCAAUUGUUGUACUAGUAGCAUUAGUUCAUUCUUUCUUUCCUAAAGAGAUUCAUGAAGUCACUCGCUGUUAUUUGCUGCAUAACAUUUGGAAAUGGCAAAUGGGCGUUGCUGUAUAAUUCACUACUUUGAAUCUGUUAGAAAUGACAACUCUUACUCUACUACUCUAGUAGCUUUCCAGUUCAAUUUAACUCUAUUUGUGUUAAA